GUUUACGCCAAGUAUGUCGUCUCCUCUUAUUCUAUUCUCUCUAUCUCUCUCUCUGUCUCUCUCUAUCUCUCUGCUGCGCCCGUUACUAUAAAGCACCGCACUUUCCCUCUCUCCCAAACGCACCCGCCAGCGCCCGGCCCACGCGACCAUCCUCAAUUUCUGCCGCAGCCAGGCUGUACUUGCCAUCGUCCACCUUCUUGCCUUAAAAGGGUCUUCUUGUUUUGAUCUGCCAUCUUUUUGGGGGAGAGAGAGCGAGGAGACCUUCUCUUUUUUUCCGUGUUUCGGGAAGAGCCGGGCAGUCGUGAAUUUGAGGCGGAACUGUUGAGAGGAAAAGCCUGAAUUUUUGUCCGUUUAAAAUCUUUUUUUUUUUGGGGAGGCGAAAAGAGGUUUUAAUAAGGCAGCGUAUUCGGCGAGAUGGAUAAGCUUAACUUCGUGAAAAAUGGGGUCCUACGAUUGCCUCCUGGUUUUCGGUUCCACCCGACGGACGAGGAGCUCGUGCUUCAGUACCUGAGGAGGAAGGUCUACUCCUUCCCUCUGCCCGCCUCUAUCAUCCCUGAAGUCGAAGUCUGCAAGUCCGAUCCUUGGGACUUGCCUGGUCAGUGCGACUUGGAUCAAGAGAGGUAUUUCUUCAGCACGAGGGAGGCCAAGUACCCGAAUGGGAACAGGUCCAACAGAGCAACCGUCUCAGGGUACUGGAAGGCCACUGGGAUCGACCGGCAAAUCGUGAGCUCGAGAGGCAGUCAGAGCCAAGUGGUGGGGAUGAAGAAGACCCUCGUCUUCUACAGAGGCAAGCCCCCGAGCGGCUCCAAGACCGAUUGGAUCAUGCACGAGUACCGCCUGGUCAACCCUGAAGCCUCGGUCCCUCCCAAGAUCAUGAACUUGAACCAGACCCCUGUUGAGCCAAUGGAAAGCUGGGUCCUGUGCCGGAUAUUCUUGAAGAGGAGGAGCUCCAAGAACGAAGGCGAAACCCCUGUCCCCUGCCAAAACCUCAAGGAAGCUCCAAAAUCCAGGAAAAACAAGCCCGUGUUCUAUGACUUUAUGACCAGAGACCUGAACCUCGCUCCUUCGUCUUCUUCCUCUGGGUCGAGUGGGGUCACCGAGGUGUCCUCCCAUAAUAAUACAGAUGAACACGAAGAGAGUAGUUGCAAUAGCCUCAGAAAAGCUCUAAAGCACUAGGAUUUUGCACCAAAUCUAGGUUUUCUCGAACCAAAGUUUCCGGGGCUUCCCUGUUUAAGCCAGUUUAAAGAAGAAGAAGAAGAAGAAGAAGAAGAAGACGAAGACGAAUAACAGCCCUCGAGGAGUCCACAUAUCUGGUCUUGUUAGGUUUCUUUUAGUUCUCAUCUCUUUCUCUGUAAUAUCAUGGGACUAGAGACAGAGAGAUGUCCACAGAAGAAAGUUGAAAGGGGAGAAGUUUCGGCUAUUAACUUGUUUUGCUAACAUCUAGAGUCCAUGGAUGUUGUUAAGAGUCAUGAUCGACCGAUACUGUCAUGUCCAUGGAUGUUGUUAAGAGUCAUGAUCGACCGAUACUGUCAUGUAUUAAUCUAGGGAAUUUCAGAGUUUUCUUCUAUGUGCAUAAUGUCUUUUAGAAUGCCCAAAUUUCAA